GCGCAAGCGCAGCGCAUUGAGUGUGCGAGAGCACGGAGCGAGGAGCGGACGGGACAUGGAUGGACCGAGCGGCGGCGGCACCUGCUCCCGGCAGCAGCGGCGGCGGGCGGACGGGGCUGCGGCGGGCACGCGCCCGGUCCCAGACAGAGUCACCCUGAAGAAGGAGAUCGGACUGCUGAGCGCCUGCACCAUCAUCAUAGGGAACAUCAUCGGCUCUGGGAUCUUCAUCUCUCCAAAAGGUGUCCUGGAGCACUCGGGCUCGGUGGGUUUGGCGUUGGUGGUUUGGGUACUAGGAGGCUGCAUUGCCGCGCUGGGUUCGCUCUGCUACGCUGAGCUCGGCGUCACCAUCCCUAAAUCUGGGGGUGACUACUCCUAUGUGACUGAAAUAUUUGGAGGUCUGAUGGGGUGAGUAUGUGUGAGGAA